UCUCUCCCGCAGAUGGUUUAUGAAAAUUGAUUGAAACAACCCAUCAAAUCAGUGGAAUUUGCCGAUAAAACAUCAUGAUUCACAGUUUAUUCAUCGUCAAUUCCAGUGGCGAUGUGUUCUUGGAGAAACAUUGGCGGAGUGUUGUGUCCCGGACAUGCGUGUCCUACUUCCUGGAUGUCCAACGGGAGAAUCCCAAUGACGUACCACCGGUGAUUUCCACCCCGCACCAUUUUCUGGUUUCGAUCCAGCGCGGAGGUGUUUCGCUAGUCGCUGCCUGCAAGCAGGAAUGUCCCCCGUUGUUUGUCAUCGAGUUCCUCCACAGAGUGGUGGAUACGUUUGAGGACUACUUCUCCGAAUGUACCGAAAGCAUAAUUAAGGAAAACUACGUGGUCGUGUAUGAACUGCUGGAUGAAAUGUUGGACAAUGGAUUCCCACUGGCGACGGAGAGUAACAUUCUGAAGGAGCUGAUCAAACCGCCGAAUAUCCUGAGAACGAUAGCCAAUUCCGUUACCGGCAAAUCAAAUGUCAGUGGAACGCUUCCUACCGGUCAGCUGUCGGCCAUUCCGUGGAGAAGAACCGGUGUCAAGUACACCAACAAUGAGGCCUAUUUUGAUGUCGUCGAGGAAGUGGAUGCCAUCAUCGAUAAGAACGGGCAAACGAUUUUCGCUGAAAUACAGGGAUAUAUUGAUUGCUGCAUCAAGCUGAGUGGAAUGCCGGACCUGACCCUGUCCUUCAUGAACCCCCGUUUAUUCGACGAUGUAUCAUUUCAUCCGUGUGUCCGCUUCAAGCGUUGGGAAUCGGAACGUAUUCUUUCGUUCAUUCCACCGGACGGAAACUUCCGGCUGAUGUCGUACCACGUUGGUUCCCAGAGUGUCGUAGCGAUUCCGAUCUACGUGCGUCACAAUUUGAGCCUGAAACCGGGAGAGCAGGGUCGAAUGGACAUUACGGUGGGACCGAAAACGACGCUGGGUCGAGUGGUGGAAGGCGUCAAGCUGGAAAUUCGCAUGCCAAAGUCGGUGUUGACCUGUGCACUGCUUGCCAGCCAGGGCAAGUAUACGUUCGAUCCGGUGACGAAAACACUCCACUGGGACGUGGGAAGAAUUGACGUUACGAAAUUGCCCAACAUCAGGGGUACGGUCUCGGUGGCGUCGGGAUGCACUUCGCUGGAAACCAGUAUUGACAGGGUGCAAUUCACGAUCUCCCAGCUUGCCGUAUCCGGAUUGAAAGUUAAUCGAUUGGAUAUGUACGGUGAAAAGUAUAAACCCUUCAAAGGGGUGAAAUAUGUUACCAAGGCUGGGAAGUUCCAGAUCCGUAUGUGAAGGUAAUUUAUGGUAAUCUCAAAUUUUAUGUUGUAUCCAUCUAGUAGUAUCCUUUAUAUAAGCUA